AUGGCUCGCACAAAGCAGACCACCAGGAAGACAAUUCCUCAUCGCCGUGGCGGCCGCUUUGGCGGUAACGGCAAUGGCAAUGGCAACGGAACUGGUACUGGCGGCCGUUCAGUACGCCCCUACGGCCCUCAUGAUCUUGACUUGAUUGCUAUGCAAGAAGAAGCAGAGCGCCGGGAGCGAAUCCUCGCGGAUCGUCGCCGUGUUGCUGCCAAGUGGCGCCCCAAGGUUCCCGAGGUUAGAAAAGUGAACUUCGAAAAUUUCAAAAACCGCUUCCAGGCCGAGGAUGAGCCUGACUAUGCCGUUGAAGUCCUUGUGGCUGGCCCCGGACUUCAGGGUCAGAUUAGACGUGAGCGCGCGAUGCGCCGCAGCGAAGAGACAGCUCGAGUACGCAAGAGCUGGUACAGCCUCUACGACACCCAUCUUGACCGCAAGAAGAAGAUCGACCCCCUCGACAAGGCGAAGCUUCUGAAGAGAAAUGAACUUCUCUCGUCCGACACUGAGAUCCAGCGGAUUCGUGUGCAGUCACAGCCCAUUCUGGGACACCUGACAUCAUUCCUCAACGAUACAGAAUCCAGAUCAACUCCUCGCACCUUCAUGCGGCCCUUCAAGGCCCUCGUAUACUUUCAACCCAAGAUGCGAGAGAUUCUUUCCACGCUGGAGGAGAAGUGGGCCGACUAUGAAGAACUCGAGGAGCAGGACUCUGAUGCUGCCGAUACUGCUGCCAGCGAUGAGCCCGAGGUUAUCGUCGAGGUCAUCAACAAAGAUGACACUGACACGGAAGCCAAGACCGACGGCGAGGAUGGUGAGGAUGAGGAUAAGGAUGACACUGAAUCGCUUGCUUCCGUCGAUUCCAACGUCGACGAAGACUUUGACAGUGUCAUGGAUAGCCCCGAGGCUCUGAGGGACAUGCGAGCCUACGUCAAGUUCAUUGACGAGGAAAUCAUGCCCCUCUAUGCGCGCUUCGAGGGCAGCACCGCCGAGAAGGUCAAGUUUGAUGACCUGUGGUCGCUCUUCCGAGUCGGUGACCUCAUCCACAUGCCUGCAGCUGUCGAGGCCGGCGGCCGAUACCAUGAGGUUUGGCGAAUCUACAAGAUUCAGGCCCCUCAGCCCGAGACUUCCUAUCCCAAGAACGGCUGGGGCUUCUUCGAUGAGUUCGAUGAUAUCGAUGACCAGACUAAGUUCAAGAUCUCGGCUUACUACAUUGACCACGAUGGCACCACUUUUGGUGCUGUGAAGAACAAGUUCGAGAUCGAGGCCUUCGCUGGUGAGCGUUCUAUUGAAUCGCUGCCGUGCUACCCCAUGCGCUACCAGCCUGGGCAUGAGGAGCUCAUCGAGGGUCUGAAAGACCAGGGUCGCAGGUUCUUGCAUCUCUUGGAAGACCGCCACCAGCAGUACAAUGCCUGGACGCUUACCAGAAACCCUCCUUCUCACCAGUUCGUGGAGAGUGAUGUCAUUGUUGACCUGACCGAGGCCUACCAGAAGAUGCCCAACUGGCGACCUGAUUUCCACCAGCUCGCCGUUAGCAAGGCUACGCGUUGCGAGAUUGCAGAGGAUGAGAUGCCGAUCCAGAAAUGGUUCGAUGGUGGCCGCCAGAACAGGUCAUAUGUGCAGAAGGAGAUUAUCCAGAAGGCCGAUGGUGUUGAGAGCCGCCAGCGCCGCGACAAUCUCACUGUUGAUACAUUCCUGCGUAACCGCCUUAGGGGAUCUCGCAACUUUGAGGCAAAUGCCCAGGCUCUGAAGCUGCGCGACGAAGACUUGGUGCUGCUCCCCAAGCGUAUGUUCGCUUAUGCUCUGCGUGAACGUCGCUUCAUGCCGGUUGACUUGAACCUCCUCAAGCCUAUUCGACGCGAGGCCGGUGUGUUUGAGAACCUGCGAAUUCACAGCGACUACAAGGAUGUGGUCCGCAGUCUUGUCAUGUCUCAUUUCCGAAAGAAGCAGCUUGAGAGACGAUAUGUCGAUGCUUCAACGGAGGGACCUGGACAGGAUCUGAUCGCCGGCAAGGGUCGUGGUCUUGUGGUCCUCUUGCACGGUGUGCCUGGUGUGGGUAAGACUGCAACGGCUGAGGCUGUAGCCAUGGAGAACAAGAAGCCGCUGUUCGUCAUUACCUGCGGUGAUCUCGGUCUGUCACCUCACGAAGUUGAGUCCCGUCUGAAGAACGUCUUCCGCCUUGCCCACUUGUGGGACUGCGUGCUCCUGCUUGACGAGGCCGAUGUUUUCCUGUCACAGCGAUCCAAGCUGGAUAUGACCCGAAACGCUCUCGUGUCCGUGUUCCUUCGUGUGCUUGAGUACUACAACGGUCUCCUCUUCCUGACAACCAACCGUGUGGGAACCAUCGACGAGGCCUUCAAGUCUCGUAUCCACCUGUCCCUGUACUACCCGCCUCUCGACAAGACUCAGACAACUGAGAUCUUCCGCCUCAACAUUGCCAAGCUUAAGGACGACGAGAUCAUCGAGUUUGCCAACAAGCACUACGAGGAUCUGGCGCGCUCCACGGGCUGCUGGAACGGUCGACAGAUCAGGAACGCCUUCCAGAUCGCAUCGAGCUUGGCACUCCACAACUAUGCCAAGGAUGCAGAUGCCGCUCGUGCAAAGGGCAAGCUGCCACCCGCCGCGCCGGUAUUGGAUAGGGUUCUGUUUGACAAGGUGCAGAUGUCUACUCAGAGCUUUGACAAGCACAUGAAGAAGGAGGAGGGCAAGUAUGAUGACGAUCUGCCUCUGAAGGGCACCUUCCAGGAGUAA